GCAAGGGAUUUCAUGGAAGUUGUCAAAACGAGCUAGAACAGGAUAUUAAAAUCCCAAGAAUAGUAUAUAAACAGAAUGAAUCACACAAAAUCUACACACAAUCAGAUCCAGCGAUGCAAUAAUUACUGAGUGCAAAGUGUUGACAGCUUAAAAGGGUGUCCAGAAGAUCUCUCUCUGAUCCCAUAGCAGUUCAUCAUCAAUCAGAGUUUCUUGAUUCACAGCUUUAAGGAGAGGGGAAAGAAAAGCUGGGGUUUUAGUUAAACAGAAACAAACACAGAGAACACACACUAGAGGAAGAUGGGAAGCAACUAUUUUGGUGAGCAGAACUACUUAGGUAACAGUGAAAGGGGUGCUGCAGGACUGUCGUCGUCGUCUUCGUCAUCGUCAAGAAAAGGUAAAAAGGGCAGUUCCGAUAAGCCUAAGCAGCCGCAGAGGGGACUUGGGGUUGCGCAGCUUGAGAAGAUUAGGUUGCAUAGUCAACUGGGCUGCGGUUACCUUCCUCCUGUUCAUAACCCUUAUGCCUCAAGUUUCAGUCAGGAGGAUAUCAGGCUGCAGACAGCUUAUUCGUCGUCGUCGUCCUCUUUCUCCUAUUCAUCGUCGUCGUCUGCACCUUCUUAUGGCUUUCAAGGACACCAUGGAGUCGUGAUGGGCUUGCAAGAAUUGGAUAGGGCAAAUAUCACAUAUACAGAUUCCCAAUCCAGCAGUAUUGCAAGGUGGCAUCCGGGCAAUGCCGGCUUUGGGGCUCAACAAUUUGUGGAGCCAAGCAUGACUAGAUCCUUCUUCGAAUCAGGUGUCGAGGGCUCACUCAAUAAGAAGAACAAGAAUGACUGGAACAAUUUGAUGGUCUCAUCGAGUAGUCAGACGAACUCCGACAGCUCUCAAGAAAUAGAUUUGGAGCUCAGACUCUCACUUUAAACUGCUUCAUGGCCUUCAUUGUUCAACUUAGCCCUGUGGGAAUAUUUCCUGCUUAUUACAUUUGUAAGUUGAGCAUGAAUCUUGAGAAAUCAAAACUAGUAAAUCUGCACAAGUUUAUAUAUGAAAACUUGAUGUACUUGUUUUACAGUUGCAAUUGCAAAGAUUGGCCCUGUGAUUGAACUUGA